GAACCGAGUUGACGUCUACAUGCGCAGCCGAGACAGAGGACCAGCGAGCCGUCGCCCAGACCCUGGCACGCGUCCUGCGGGCGCUUUGUCACAGGAUGGAAAUACUGACGAGAGCCUUUAAUGCUUAAUGAGAGAUGGCGGCAUAUGGUUGCCCCAAGCUAUCCCCGUCAUCUGUUUCCACUGCCCCGAAACAUAAUCCCGUUCUAUAUAUAGCAUCCACAUACAAGGCGAUAUUUGCAGCGGCGUGACAUGUAUGACGAUUAGAAAAUGCAAUCAUUGCGAUUAGUUCGGGGAAUUUUAGAUGAUAAUGUAUGAACGGGACAUUUGUCUCUUGCGUAAUGCGGUUGGCCUUGUCCUGCGCUCCAUUUGUGAUUUCGAAUUGGUUGAGCAACUAGACGCCAUGCAUACGAGAAAUGGCCAUUUUUCGCAUGUAUAUGCUGCAUGCCUGAUUGAAAGACACUGCAGGUGGAUUGCAUAUACACACGCGCUGGGAGUGGAUGCGAAUUGGCAGUUAUUUAUCCUCUUUAAACCUGAACGUAUUUUUGCAUCGUAUUUAUAUAUCGAUUUUUCUCCAUUCUAUUUCACAUACCUUUACAGCAUCGCCUGCAAAAGAUUUGUCGCAUGGUUUCACACAAUAUUGCAGGAUGUCCUAUUCGCAUGGGCAUUCCUAGCUGCAGCCCAAGCCCGCGCACCACUCGUAUCGCUGACGGUUAGUGUACAGAGCAACGUAACAAGCGACACCCAGCGCAGCGCCUAUCAAGCAACAUUCGAUCGUAGCGACUACGCCUACCCACUACCACAAACGGGUCUCAGCACAUUUGGCUUCGCAGGCGAGCUCUACGUGCCGGAAUCUGCUGACUGUGCUGACGAUGCAAUAUUGCGCACGGUGCGGAAAUACACCAAGCCAGAUCACCCAAACGGCAUUGCAUUCCUGCCGUACAAGAGCUGCCGCAGCGAGUGGGAAUGGGUGCUGCACCAGGAAACCGAAUCGGGGCGGGCAGCUGGCGCACUCCUGUACUCUAUGAAAGAUGAUGCAGCGCAGGCAGCCGAGCGUGCAGUAGUCGACUUGACCUACUUGCACACGCCUGUGUGGGUGGUGAAUAAUGUGGCAGGAGCGUACCUCAUCCGGGUACUGGAGCACGUAUACGGAAACGCAAGUAAAGUGGAUUUACCUCAGCCGCCAAACAACAUCAAGUAUGAGUAUUUGCAAGACGACGUGAAGAUGGCAGUGCGCAUAGCGACUGAAGGCAGCCAGCUGACACACCCGCGCGUCUUCAUCACUAUCGGGCGGUCUGCAGCGGAUGUGGCAUCGGCCGACAGAAAUUUCUUUCUGAAAGCUAUGGUUGGUGUGGGUAUCACUGGGAUUGUGUGCUUUGUCAUCGCCAUGCUGGUACGCUAUUUUGACUGUCUGAAACUCAGCCGGCAUAGGGUGCGGGCGGGGCGUCGGUCGACCGAAUUUCAUCCACGCGCUACGACCAUGUGGGCUCGCAAUAGUGGACAGGCGUUCCGGGCACGCUCCAGACGUGCACGACACGCCGACGCCCAUGGCCAUCGACGGAAUUCAACCCGACGCGUUUUGCAGCAAAGCGAGCUGGAUCUAAUGCCAUUGCGCAUUGUAACUCACCGCGAUCUCCAGCCUCCUGAUACCCUGGGCCUGCCAGGUAAUAUGAAGAAGCCGCAGAUGGCGAUUCUGCGGAGCAACGCAUCCUGCCCACACUUGCCCCAGAUGCCUGGCAGUUCCUUGGAGCUAGCCCGUGUGUAUUCGGCGCAACUAGGCGAGCUUCCUAGCAAGGAUCCGGUAUUAACGUCGUGGGAUGAUGACGAUGACGACUUGAAUGAGUGUGCGAUUUGUCUAGACGAGAUACGUGAAGGGGAUGUGGUGAGGGAGCUGCCCUGUCCGCAUACUUUCCACAGCAGGUGCAUUGAUCGGUGGCUGCUGUUCCAGUCGUCGGUGUGUCCGUUAUGUAAGCGCGAUACGCUAAUUGAGCCGCCAGCUGUCGAGCAUGUGGCGUAGUCCAUUUAAUUUAGCAAUAAUGUCUUACAC